AUGUCUUCUUCAAGGCCGCCAGAGCCGAAUAGGACCGUCGAGUCGUCCAAAAUAAGGCGAGCAGGCAUGGGGUUCGACAACAGCGGAAGACCGACCGCCGACUGUUGGCCGGAAACCCCGACAGCAGACGAACAAUCACGGCUUCUUGUCAGGCACCCGCCCCUCUUACACACCCUCAGCCGCGCUGCAUCGAACCAAUCGCACGAUGGCCCAACGAAGUCCCCUCGUAAUGUUCUACGGAGGAAGCAAUCAUCAGUCACCCAAGCAACCGUAAGCUCCGGAAGUCACUCACGGACUGAAUCCAGCAGGACCGGCUCAUCAUCGUCAAUUCCCCGUUCCACCUCCUCGAUGGAACCCUCGUCUGGACAGUCUCUAGAUCACGACUUUACUGAGAGCCCGAUGGAGGUCCGGGUAGCCCAGUCGAUCGAGUUGCCAAAGACCCAAGCUCACGCCGUUACGAUCUACCCAGAGCUUGACAGGUACAGAGGUAUUGCCCUCCGACCCCCGGUUCUUUCGGACUGCUCCGGCCUCGAGGUCCCCUUCAAACUAUCAACACAGGAUCUGCCCCCCCCUACUCCUGCGUUUUCUGGCACUAGCAGCCAACUUAGUGCGUUCAGUGGCAGCCCUUGCACACGAUUUUCAGAGUCGCCGGGGCCCGGCCCCUACAGCCGCGAUACGACGCCAACCUCCAUGUCGUCGCAGUCUCCGAGCCUGAUGUCUCCUGCCCGUUUCCCUGCGCAGAAGCCGAGGCAAUUGAGCCCUGUCUGGACGAGACCGCCUGUGACUCGGAGGCGUGGAAGCACGACAAACGAAGUAGACGUCAUCAGUGCGGACCCUCAAGGACUGGCUGCCGUCCGAGAGUCCUUGACAUCUUCAUCAUCCAACUCCACGGUGCGCGAAGUCGAGAAGAAAGAGAAGGAGAAGAUUAAGAAGAAGCGCCUUUCGCCCAUGCCGCCAAGUCCACCUCCCCGUAAGUCAUCUCAGAAGCAUCACGAAGAGAGGGCAGCCGUCGAAGCAUCACCGCGACGCCAGCGACAGCUGGUACGACCAGAUGGCGCAUCUCUUUUCCCCUCCAGAUCUCCAGCCCUCGCUUCCAGGUCUACGCCCACUGCACGCGAAACACCGCCUCUGCGACCCAGCAGAGAUGGCACCCCGGAUCUUCAGUCUCAGCUUUUUGGACCUCUGCCUAUCAUUCACAGCAACCUGUCAUCAGCUUCACUCGUGGCCGAGAGACAUGGGUACGAGGAUAGAGCUGGCUCAUCGGCCCCUCGUAAGACUGCUGUAUCACCUCUUCCUGGCGGGUCCGAAGUCCCCACCCGUCUUGUGGGUAGAGAGGCUACCCCCGCGCCUCGGCCGGCCACAGCAAGCCCUGUCAAGUCGGAGCGCAACACGCAAGCCCGCACUCCGAGUCCGAACACGAACGCCUUCAAUGGCAGGUUUGCCUUUUUUGGCAGACGAGCCAAGACAACACCGGACAUCACUCAGGCGGAUACGAAAGACAAGCCAACACGUAAGGGCCCCGCUGCUGGCACCGGCCACGAAGGCUACGGCCGUCUCGGCGCUCCUCGCAGGCGGAGUGGCGGCGCACUGUAUAUGAAUCGCGUCACAGCCGGCUCUGGGACGUCCCAGGAAAGCCUCAACAGUACGACGCACGUUGACCCCUUUUUGCGGGAACGCAUGAACCCCGUGGUGAUUUCUGGCGGCGAGAUCAAGGACAACAGAAACACGAGCUCCGAUCUCAGUCGGACUGAAAGCAACCAAAGCCUGGCAAUGAGCCGCCCCAGUAUUGAAUCACGGGGCGGUUCUGAUGUGUCUACGACUUCAACUGCGGGGCGAACUGCCAUGUGGGCUUCUGGUCUGCCCAGCAACCCAAAAGCCGGCUUCAGUCAUCGCCGUCCCUCGGAUAGCAGCGACUCAGAAGCUCUCGCCAUGAAGUCUACUUUGGCUUUUAGGAGAUCCACCCACGCGGCUACGAUCCUCCCCUGA